CAAAACUGAUGGAGAGAGAGGACAGGUUACAGAUGUGAUUGUGUUGUGUUUGUCAGGAGCUGGAAAAGGUUUCCUGUCAAUCUUCAAUGUGUGUGACUGAUGAGACCUCCUCAGAAUGUCAGGAUUCAGUGUGGACCGGCAGAGAUCAGUCCACACCACAGCGACUGCUGGACAAACUCUCUGAACAGAGAUCCAGAGACACACAGGACUCACAGCUCACUUUACUCUGUUCUACUGAUGGUAAUCAGGGUGAUCAAACCUCCACAGAGCCUCUGACUUCUGUCUGUAACGCUGGAGAACAGCAGAUGCUGCAGAUACCAGUGAAGAUGUGUUUAGUGAAGCUGCUGGACUGCAGGAACAUGAUGAAGAUGAGAGUAGAAAUCAAAGUAGAGGAACAACAGAGUAGUGAAGAUGAUGAUGAUGAUGAUGAUCAAACCUCCACAGAGUCUCAGAUUUCUGUCUGUAAUGCUGGAGAACAGCAGAUGCUGCAGACACCUGUGAAGAUCGAAGUGAAGCAGGAGGAGAUAAAAGAAGAGGAACACCGUGAUGAAGAUGAUUUAGUUCCUUCAGAGCUGAUGGAAGUGAAAGAGGAAAGUCAAGAGCUGAAUGAAGUGGAUGAGAAACUUCAGUGUCAGAAACAUCAUGAUUUCACAACUGGAGAAAAAUCUUUGAGUGUUUCGAAGACUAAGGAGUAUUUAUCACCAGAAAAGCCUCAAAGAAAAGCAGCCAAAAAUACUUUGACUUGCUCAUACUGUGGGAAGGCCUUAACUACAGCUAGCACAUUGAAACGGCACCAAAGAAUUCAUACUGGAGAGAAACCUUACAACUGCUCUUCAUGUGGAAAGAGUUUCAUUCAGUCACAACACCUGAUAAAACAUGAGAGAAUUCAUACUGGAAAGAAACUUUACAACUGCUCUUCAUGUGGAAAGAGUUUCAAUCUGUCAAAAAACCUGAAAAUACACUCAAGAAUUCAUACUGGAGAGAAACCUUACAACUGCUCUUCAUGUGGAAAGAGUUUCAUUCAGUCACAACACCUGAUAAAACACAAGAGAAUUCAUACUGGAGAGAAACCUUACAAGUGCUCACACUGUGAAAAGAGUUUCAUUCAGUCGCAAAACCUGAAAACACAUGAGAGAAUCCAUACCGGAGAAAAACCGUACAAGUGCUCACACUGUGAAAAGAGUUUCACUCAGUUAAAUUCCCUGAGAACACACGAGAGAAUCCAUACUGGAGAAAAACCAUACAAGUGCUCACACUGUGAAAAGAGUUUCAAUCUGUCACAAAACCUGAAAACACAUAAGAGAAUUCAUACUGGAGAAAAACCGUACAAGUGCUCACACUGUGAAAAGAGUUUCACUCAGUUAAAUUCCCUGAAAACACACGAGAGAAUUCAUACUGGAGAGAAACCUUACAAGUGCUCACACUGUGAAAAGAGUUUCACUUGGUCAAUAAGCCUAAAAAAACAUGAGAAAAUUCAUACAGGAUAGUCUCAUCUAAUUAAUGUGAUGACUCUUCUCCACCACAAGACAGCAGCACCUUCAAUCAUUAGACUACAUGCACGUAUUGGUGGUAUUAUGGUGUACAACUGUCAUGAAAACAUUUUAUGUAUGUACGGUAUUGUUGUUCUUGUGUUGCAGAUGACCAGGUGCUGAUGUGAGCAAAACCCCACUAAAUGUGUUGAAGUUAUUUUUUUCCCCCAAUGAUAUAGUUGUAUAAAGGUUCUCAUUUUCACAGCUUGUGUUUUCUGGAGUUCAUACACUAACUGAGCACUUUUUUAGGAACACUAUACUAAUACUGGGUAGGGCCUCCCUUUGCUCUCAAAACAGCCUCAAUUCUUUAUGGUAUGGAUACCACAAGAUGUUGGAAACAUUCCUUUGAGAUUCUGGUCCAUGUUGACAUGAUUGCAUCACUUAAUUUAUGCAGAUUCGUCAGUUUCACAUUCAUUCUGUGAAUCUCCUGUUCUACCACAUCCCAAAGGUGUUCUAUUGGAUUCAGAUUUGGCUGGGAAGACCACUGAACAGUGAACUCAUUAUCAUGUUAAUAAAACCAGUUUGAGAUGACUUUUGCUUUGUAUCAAAUUGAGAUUCAUCAGACUAGGCUUGGUUUUUCCAGUCUUCAACUGUCCAGUUUUGGUGAGCCUGUGCCCACUGCAGACUCGGCUUUCUGUUCUUGGCUGACUGAAGUGGAACACAAUGUGGUCUUCAGCUGUUGUAUCCCAUUCGCCUCAAGGUUCAAGGAGUUGUGCAUUCUGAAAUGUUAUGCCGAGUUAUCUGUCAGCUCGAACCAGUUUGCCCAUUCUCCGUUGACCUCUCUCAUCAACAGAGCGUUUCCGUCUGCCGAACUGCGGUUUAAUGGAUGUUUUUUGUUUUUGGCAUCAUUCUAAGUACAUUCUAGAGACUGUUGUGUGUGAAAAUCCCAGGAGAUCAGCAGUUACAGAAAUACUCAAACCAGCCCAUCUGGCACCAAAAAUUAUGCCACACUCCAAAUCACUGAGAUCACAUUUUUCCCAUUCUGAUGGUUGAUGUGAACAUUAACUGAAUCUCCUGACCCUUAUCUACAUGAUUUUAUGCACUGCACUGCUGCCACGUGAUUGGCUGAUUAGAUAUCACAUGAAUAAGUAGGUGUGCAGGUGUUGCUAAUAAAGUGCGGUGAGUGUAGUUUUCUAUUCUGAACAGUGGCGAAUGCUUUAAAGGAAUAUUCCAGGAUCAAUACAAGUUAUAGCACAAUCGAAAGCAUUUGUGACAAUGUUGAUUACAAUAAAGCUAUUUUGUCUCAUUCCUCGAAAGAGCAAAUGUUGCUGUUACAGAGAGGCAUCUGUAAUCAAAAUGAAUGGGCACAAUUUUCAGAAAAAUGUGAAGCUUAUAAUUUUAGGAAAGUACUUUUAAUAUUUUUCUAUUAUUUAAUAUGUGAAGUUGUUUAAAACAUUGUUUUUGCAGUCGUUUUAGGGUUUAUGGCAUUACGUCGGUGUAAAAUUGGACAGAACUGUACACAAAAAAGGUUAGUAAGCAACUUUAUCAAGCGUAUUAUUUACAUCUUGUGGCUGUACUUUUGAAACAGUGAGUAUUUUAACGUUUACGGAUUGGCCCCAUCACUUCCAUUUCAAGUGAUUUUUUUUUUGUGGGCUUUUUUUAAAGAAAAGGAGGGAUGAGUCAAAAUGAAUGUAACAUUAUGCCACAAAUGUGAUCGAUUGAGCUUAACUUGUAUUGAACCAGGAAUUGUAUUCUUUUGAAUCCUUUAAAGGGAGCAGGCUUCCCUUAAAAUUUAAAAGAAAAAUGUGUCAAUGGCGAGUUCUAAUAUACAGUGCAUUGAAAAAGUACUCGGCUCCCAAUGCAGUUUUCAAAAUAUUUGGUGUCAGAUUUCAAGUUUAGAAAAUAUUAAAGUUUGACGUUUCCCCCAGCUGUUACAGUAUGCCAAAAUUUUAAAAAUGUCCAAAACCUCAUGCAAUUGAAAAAAUGUAAUACAAAACUAACAUGGUAUUUGUAAUUCAUAAUUACAAAGUUAAUUACUGGUUGUGACUGAAAAUGAUGUCCAUGGCUCAACAAUCUCUAAACUAUUGCACAAAAAGGGGCUGUACGUCAGAGUGGCUAGUAAGAAGCCUUGGCAGGCAACAAAGCCCAUGCUUUCCUGUAAAGACUUUGCAAUAUGUUACUUGGAUACUUCAAAGAUGUGCUGAAGGUCUUGUGAUCUGAUGAGACUAAAGUGAAACUUUUUGGCUUAAACACUUAAUGGUAUGUGUGGUGCAAAGCCAACACUGCACAUGAACAAUAUACCAUCCCCACAGUGAAACACGCUGGUAGCAGCAUCAUGUUAUGGGGUGCUUUUCAACAACAGGGACUGGCUGUCUUGUGAAGAUAUAUGGGAUUAUUAAUGCUGCAAAAUACACAGAGAGUUUGGAUAAGAACCUUCUUUCUUCUGCCAGAAAGUGAUAAAUUGGGAAGUUUGUAUUUCAGCAGGACAAUGACCCAAAGCACAAAGCCAGAGCAACACUGGAGUGGCUUAAAAUGAAGAAAAUGUAUGUCCUUGAGUGGCCCAGUCAGAGUCCUGACCUCAACCCUAUUGAACAUCUUUGGAGAGACCUAAAAAAAUGUUGGGCUAAUUUUGCUCCAUCAUGUGCAAAGUUGAUAGAGACUUAUCCAAAAAGACUGAUGGAUAGCUUUUCAAGGCAGUGUGUGUAAAAAUGAUGUAUUUAAAUUACAUAGAACUGUUUAUGCAUAUUAAAAUACA